AUGACGAGCCAGUUCCUAGUGUGGAACGCUCAGGGUGUGGCGAAUGCUCGUACUAAGAGACAUCUGAGAUAUCUGAUUCGAGAACACAAGAUUUUGUUUGCGGCAGUGAUUGAACCACAGAGGACACCACCAGCUUUAGGGAGAAACUUCCAGGGCCUUCGGUUUGCGGGAUCUAAUGAAAGUGGUCAUAUUUGGAUUCUUGCCCAUGAGGAUUGGACAGUGGAAGUGGUUGAUAACUCGAGACAUGCCUUACACGUUAGGGUCUCUGCCGCAGUCUUCCUUUUCCCAAUCUACAUCACCGUAGUCUAUGGGCGACACACGAGAGAGACGAGACAGGCACUAUGGGAAAAGUUGGGAGACAUCUCGCUGGCUAUGGAGGGAAGAUCGUGGCUAGUAGGAGGAGAUUUCAACAUGUUCCUGACCAAUGAAGAGAGACAGGGGAGUGAUACAGACAGACACAGAGAUAUGAUGGAUUUUGCCGAUGCUAUUGCCGAGUGCCAGCUGAUUGACCCAGGUUUCGGUGGACCGAUCUUUACAUGGCACAGGGGGGACUUUGGGAGAGGUUGGACCGCAUCUUGA